ACUGUGUUGGUUGUCAGUAUUACAGCAGGCCCUUACUGAGUGUCUGCCAACAGGACUGUCCUCUCUGAAGGAAUGACUCCAGUAUUCUGAGAGUUAGGAUUGAACAUUAUGGGUAGAAACUAGAAAGGCUUUCAAACUUGGGGUUAAAAUGGAGCCCAGCCAACGCCCUCAGUUGGUUUUAUACUUCUGUGUGUUUGGCAGUUUCCCUCUCAGCAAAGGAGAGGAGUCGAGCCAAUUUCCCAGGAAGUCAAGGGAGCCUUCAGAGCAGGACUUUGCAGCUCACCUGCCUGGAUGGAAUCCCAGCUCUGCCACUUAUCAGUUAUUUUACUCCAGCAACUUACUUUCCUCUUGCACUUCAUAUUCCUCAACUAUAAAAUGGGAGAAAUAUUCAUUUCUACUCAGAGUUAUUGUGAGAAAUGAAUGCAUUUUUAUAUAAAAAGCCUAGAAUGGUUCCAGGCACAAAUGCUAGCUAUUAAUCACGGAAAUGCAAAAAUAAAACUAAUGUAAGGUGGUAUAUUGUUAGUUUUUAAAAAUGUAUAAAUUCAUAAUACCCAGUGGUGGCGUUGAGUUGAAAUUUAUAGAGUAGUGGCAUUGAGAAUUGGUCGUUUUACCCACGGUGCGGGUGGUGCUAAGAAUUUAGGUCCUGAAGUCUGGCUGCUUAUGUUCAGACCCCAGCUCCUUCACUUACUACCUGAACGACCUUGAGCAGUUUGCUUAAAUCUCUUGUAUUUCACUUCCCUGUAAAAUAGGGAUAAUGAUUGUAUCUACCUCAUGUGGCUGUAAAUAGGACUAAGUUAAUUAAAUCCUACCUAUCAUCCAGUGAACACUCAAUAUGUUAGCAGCUAUUAUUAUUAAUUUGGAAGUAUGGCAAUAUCUCAACUUGCCCAGGACAGUCCCAGGUGUGGCAUAACUUAAUAGCAUCUUCCUUUACUCUUAGAUGUAUCCCAGUUUGGAUGAUAAAUUAUAUGGGCUCCCUGCCUUUUUCCCAGAGCGCCCAUUCCUGCAAAUAAUUCAGCUGAAGUAAAGAAAUUUUUGCAUGAAGACGGUCAUUGCUAGAUUAUGAAUAAUGGCCAAGGACUAUAUAUAAAACCCAGAAGUCCCAGCAAUUGGGAAACCCUCAGAAAAAGUAUUGGACACACUAAUUAUGAAGAAUGUAAUGAUUAUAUGCGUCAGGCGGGAGAAGUGACCUAUGCAGAUGCUCACAAGGGACGCAAAAAUGAAGGGGUGAUUGAAUUUGUGUCUUACUCUGAUAUGAAAAGAGCUUUGGAAAAGUUAGAUGGAACUGAAGUCAAUGGCAGAAAAAUCAGAUUAGUUGAAGACAAGCCUGGUUCUAGACGACGCCGGUCCUACUCCAGGAGCCGGAGUCACUCAAGAUCUCGCUCUCGAAGCAGACAUUCUCGUAAGAGCAGAAGCCGAAGCGGCAGCAGCAAAAGCAGUCAUUCUAAGAGCAGAUCCCGAUCCAGAUCAGGCUCCCGUUCCCGGAGCAAGAGCCGCAGCCGCAGCCAGAGCCGCAGCCGCAGCAAGAAGGACAAGAGCCGGAGCCCCAGCAAGGACCAGAGCCGCAGCCGCAGCCGCAGCGCCGACAAGCGCCGCAGCAAGAGCAAGGACCAGGCCGAGGAGAAGGUCCAGAACAGCGACAGCACCGGCAAGUCCAAGAGCCGCAGCCCCAGCAGGCAGAAGAGCAAGAGCAAAAGCAGAAGCCGUAGUCAGGAGAGGAGCGCGCAGGAGAAGCGGGGCAGCGUGAGCAGGAGCCGGAGCCAGGAGAAGAGCCUGCGCAAGAGCCGCAGCCGCAGCCGCAGCAAAGGAGGCAGCCGCAGCCGCAGCCGCAGCAAAAGCAAGGACAAGAGGAAGGGGAGGAAGAGAAGCAGGGAGGAGAGCCGCAGCCGCAGCCGCAGCCACAGCCGCAGCAAGAGCGAGAGGAGCAGGAAGCGAGGCGGCAAGCGAGACAGCAAGUCGGGCAGCAGCAAGAAGAAGAAGAAGGAAGACGCUGACCGCUCCCAGUCCAGGUCGCGAUCCCGCUCGGGCUCGAAGGAGCGGGAACACACCAAGUCUGAGUCUGGCCAGAGGGAAGGCCGAGGGGAGAGUGAGGAUGCUGGCGCCAAUCAGGAGACCCGGUCCAGGUCGAGGUCCAAUUCCAAAUCAAAACCAAACCUCCCGUCAGAAUCACGCUCCAGAUCAAAGUCCGCGUCAAAAACCCGAUCCCGGUCCAAGUCUAGAUCCAGGUCUGCGUCCAGAUCGCGCUCCCGGUCUAGAUCCAGGUCCCACUCACGGUCCUAACUGGCUACGACCACAGCUGGAACUACCCGAGAAGUCUUUUGUACAUGUUUGGUAGCCGUAGCACAAGUGAUUGAAGUAGAACAUAUGUCACUGCUGUACAUUUUUAACUCCCCUAAUGGUGUGUCUACAAUUGUUAAGUCUAAGCGCUUCCUCUCCGUAAAGCCUCCUGGCGUCAGGCCUUCCUGCUUGACUGAAAGCAGUCUUCUCUUUGAAAACCCCCUUUACUCAUGGCCCACAGUAGAAUAUCCAAAAUGCCUUGGCUUUGAGGCCUGGCCUUUCCUACAGGGAGCUCAGUACCUGGAUGUCUUUAAGGCUGGAAUGAUGACAUAGGUAGGUAUGGUGAGUUCAACCAUUUUGCCCUUGAAUUGAUGCCCUUUGAUGUAUGCCAUUUAGUGAAAGUGCUAAGUCUUAAGUUUCCUACCACUUUGGUUUCAUAUUUUUGGACUUAACAAAGUUGUGAAUAGCACAGUCGAGGAAAAUUGAUACCUGCAGUAACCCAUAGGAAAUGAACUGUAGAGUUCCAUAUUCUGGUAUUGUGAUUAUAUUGUUUUAUAUUAAAAAAGAAAAGAAAAGAAUUUUUUUUAAUUUUAUUUUUCCCCGUCUUGCAAAGUAUAGUGACCCCUGUUUCCAUUAAAUUUGAAUAAAGACUAUUUUUGCUUGACAAAA